UACUUAUUUCGUAUACUUCGUACAUACCUUAUGUCGCGUGUCCUGUGCAUCCUACCAGCUAAAGCAAAAAGGACAACGAUCUGUGUACAGUACAUAACUAUGGAAGCGUCUAGAACUUGGGGUCCCCAUUCCCCCUUUUCCGAACCGCUUAGGUGGCUUCAAUGUCGGGCAUGGGGCAAAUAUGUGUAUGUUGGCCUUAUCAUAGAUGCUCGUUUCUACAUGAUGGUUUUCUUCCAACCUGCCGAUCUCCCUGAUUCCACACUUUUAGAGACCCGUUGACUUAAGGUUGAUUCAAUUCUGGUGCCUGCGCUCCCCAGGCCUAACGUCCGGACAACACAAAGACCUACAUACUUAAGGCGGUUUUUGGCACAGACCUCUCUUGCCAUACAGACCUUGUGUCGAUGUCUAGUUGGGCAACACAACGGAAACCGGUUGGCGUGUUUCUAUGAGUCUAUGACAGCCUGGUCUUGGUGGUCUAUGUGUAGGAAACGGAAACCUAUUCCACUGGCCGUCGUUCAGUAAUUGUAUGUCCAGUACAGAGUAUUCGUGAUGCCUGCCUUUAUGAGCCUGCCUCAGCCUGCCUGCGCGACUCCCCUCAAACUUGACAGGGAUCUUGCUGGUCUUUGAACAACACGACGCCUCGGUUUUGAAACAUGGAAUCGUCACAACACCACGAGUUACGCUGGGACACAGUCGCAC